CCGGCGACAUGAGCCUGUUGACCAUGCAACGCAUCAAGUCUUACGUGGACGACACGUGCACGUUGGACCCGCACUGCCAGUGGCUGUGGGACCCGCUGCCGAACGGGCUGCGGAACGUGUCCGUGGAAGAGGCGGCCGCCGAGUUGCCGGCAGACUACAUGUACCCGCCCGGCGACGAUCCCGAAAACCCGGGACAACGAGGGAAUUUCUUGUUCAUUUACGGUCAUAAGGACACUUCACAUAUCUACAUACGGAGCCCGUACUACACAGUUGGGGUGUUCGACAACAACGGGUGUUCACUGUCAUUUCAAAUGCACACCAACGUCAGUGUGCCCAGUCAAGUGUCAAUAAUGCUAAAGACUGAGAAUUAUACAUCAUUAAUUCAGGAUAAUGUCGAAAACAACUCUCCUGUAAAUUGGGAGAAAAAGAAGGUAUUGUUGGGUCGACAGACAAAGCAAGUUAUUAUUGAAAUAAAUAUCAAGCUUGGAUCACAUGUUGCCAUUGAUGAUAUUAGACUAGAAGAUUGCUUACCAGAAUACUUCACCGGCAUCACUGAUAACGGUUGUCCAACAGACUCGCAUUUUUUGUGUUCCGAUAACAUGACAUGUAUACCGUAUCAUCAUGUAUGUGACAUAAGUCCAGACUGUCCCGACGAAACAGAUGAAACCGAAAACUGUUUUCUCGUGCCCACCGAAGCCCGGUGCACGUUCGAGUCUGGGUUCUGCGGAUGGAGGAAUACGUCGGACGAGAUGUCUCUGACGUGGAAACUGUACAAAGGCGACCGAUACAAAUUCACCGGCCCGAAAUGGGAUAACACUUUCCGUAACCGAUCCGGUACCUACGCUUACGUAGACAUGUCGGAAUCCUCGUAUCUCGGAGCGACAGCGCGAAUGGACAGUAUACAUUUCCAUCCGCCGCCGACGUAUUGUUCCGACACCGAGUCGAAAUAUUACAAUUCUUGUUAUAUAUCAUUUUUUUACCACAAACAUAGUUCACAUAGUGGAACUUUGGGACUUUAUUUGGUCGAGGCCCAUGGCGAGGUAGACCGUGUGAGAAGAUUAUGGUGGAGUUUUGGGACUUAUGGGAAUACGUGGCUUCGAACCGUUGUUUAUUUAGUAAACAUCACAACCAGCUAUUAUUUACAGUUUGAAGCUCGGAAACUACUGUCAGUAAAAGGAGAUGUGGCGAUUGAUGAUAUAGCUAUGAGUCCAAAAUGCUUCGGUUUAGAUGUACCAGAAGACGUACUCAAGGGAUACAAGUAUGAAGCGGCUGGAACAAUAAAUAAUACGGCAACACUUAUGAAGAUUCCCAUCAAUCCAGAUUUCCGAAACAAAAUCGUUUAUAAAUUUACGACUUGUGGAUCAAAGGGUAGACUGGGCCCUAGUAAUCGAUCUUGCGAAGCUGCAUACACAAAUACCACUGUGUCUGUGAUUGUGGUUAAUGACACAUACAUGGAUGGAGUACAGAUUUGGCAUAUACCUGAGACGGGAGUGUAUACUAUCAUAGCGAGAGGAGCUCGUGGCGGCAAGGGGGCCGACGGAAUGGGAAUUUCGAAAGGCGCCACAGCCAUCGCGGUGGUCGAGUUGUCCAAACACCAACAGUUGCACAUAUUGGUCGGUCAAGAAGGCGGAGACGCGUGUCGAAAAACGUUUGAAAAACGCGACGACGCAUGCCAACAAGAACAAUACUUCAGGACGAGCAGCGCUCUCAAAGAACUGCAUGACUUGCGCCUGCUCAACGGCGGCGGAGGCGGCGGCGGCGGAUCUUUUGUUUUUACAGGCUCGCGUGAAGAAGGAUUCUUACCAUUGGUGAUAGGUGCUGGCGGAGGUGGUUUGGCACACGGGCCAUUCAAGGACGACAGGAGUCAACACGGUAAUGGUACCAACAUGAGAUUACCAGCCAUCACUGCACCGUCUUUUGGUGAAAAUCCCGCAGGUGCCGGCGGUGGUUGGGCUCCGGGAAACUAUACGGAAGACAAAAAGUCUACGGGUUCGGCGUUGUUGGGCACUGGCGGUUUCGGAAGCGACGGCGGUGGCGUUGGCGGCCUGGCGUGCUACAAGAGCCGAGGCAACACCAAAGGAUUCGGCGGGUUCGGCGGCGGCGGCGGCGGAUGCGUCGCCGGCGGAGGAGGUGGCGGUUUCACCGGUGGCCGCGCUUGGAGCAACAGUCAGACGAACGGCGAGGGCGGCUGGUCGUAUCUGCCAGACAACCAGCACGUGUUCUACAGGGCCGUGUACCCGGGCAGCAACUACAAGUCCGGAAGCGUGUACAUCAUACCCGCCAUCGUGGGCUGUGGUUGCGCGUACCUGUGCGCCGCCACCAAUCAGCUGCGCAGCUCAGUUGUCUGCAUAUGCCCGGCCGACUUCAAACUCGGGCCCGACGGAAAAUCGUGCAUAUAUCAAUCAACAGAAACGACUAAAAUUAUAUUUUUGAUCACUGGAAGUGUAUUCACAGUUGUAAUCAUUUGUCUGAUCUUAGGCAUUUGGAUGUAUAGGAGUUAUCGAAGACGAAAAGAACGCAAAGAAAAUGUCAACAUAUUACACAAUGGCAUUUUAAAUUACGAUCUGACAUCUAGAAACAGAAAUGGAAAUGUAGACAUAAAUCCAACUUAUGAUUUCAAUGGAAGAACUUUGACGACAAACGACCUUCCAAGAAUAUUAAGAGACGAACUGAGAAUACAAAAAUCUAUUGGCGAAGGAGCUUUUGGUGUGGUGUACCGAGGGUAUUAUAAAAAAACGGGCGAAACGAACGAAAUGCGUGUUGCGAUAAAGACUCUCCAGCCAAAAAAAGACAUGACCAAUGUGGAGGUGAAAUUUGACGACGACAACACUCCUAAUCCCGAAGUCGAGAGAGAGAAAAGACAGAGAAUUAAAAGGGCUGAACAGUCUUGCAUACGUGACUUCUUGACAGAAGCCAUCAUAAUGAGCCAGUUUAAUCAUCCAAACAUAGUGAAAUUCAUCGGAAUCACCUUCGAAAAGAACUAUAGGUUCAUUGUGACUGAACUUUUGAGUGGCGGAGACGUGAAAGAAUUUUUACGCAAGAAUCGUCCUUCAGUUCAACAAAAUCACAAAAUCAUUCCUAUAAAAUUAAAAGAUUUAUUAAAAAUGGCAUUGGACAUUGCCAAAGGAUGCGUAUACUUGGAAAAUCUUCAUUUUAUUCACAGAGAUAUUGCUGCCAGGAAUUGUUUACUUUCUACGACAGGACGUAACAGAGUAACGAAAAUUGCCGAUUUUGGAAUGUCUAGGGAUGUAUAUAGAAACGAGUAUUACAGAAAAGAAGGUCAUGCUAUGUUGCCUAUUAAAUGGAUGCCAACAGAAUCGUUGAUAGACGGCGUUUUCAACUCACAAUCUGAUGUCUGGUCUUAUGGAAUUACAUUUUGGGAAAUCAUGACAUUUGGAUCCAUGCCAUACACGGGCAUGACAAAUAAAGAAACAAUGAAUUACGUUAUGAGAGGUGGGCGUUUAUCUAGACCGGCAAUUUGCCCAGAACCAGUAUAUAAUCUUAUGGGCAGCUGCUGGAAAACAAACGGACCAGACAGGCCUUCAUUUGAGUAUAUCCGCAAUAAACUUCGUCUCUUUAUACAAGACCCACUCAUAAUCGAUUACAAACCGCCGGUGAUCGGCAGGCCCGCGGCCCCGCUGCCGUACCGGGCGACGCACCCGCUGGACGAGAACGCGCCGCCGGACGGCGUGCUCCGCGCACACGACUGCGUCACCGGCAGUGGCGGCUUCCACCAUCUACAGCACCACGAACACCAGGAAGAACCACAGUACGUCACGCCGCUGCCGGCCGACGACUUUUUCGAUGGCGUGGACGCGGAGCUGAUGAGGGACGCGGAGCGGUUCGGCCAGUUCCGGGGCAGCAACGAGAUGGCGCCGCUGGACGACAUGCGCAACUACUGUAGCGACGACGACGAUGACGACGACAGCGUCGACGACGAAGAGGACGAGGACGAGGACGAGGACGGGAACACGGUGAACAUCGCGGACGUCGACGACGAGGCGGACGACGAUGAGGACGACGAUGACGACGACGAGCAGAACGUCGAAGAGGAGGAAGACGACGACGCGAACGGCGCAGAGAUCGUGCUGGACGCGGACAACAAUCGGUUCGACGAGGACGACGACGACGCGUACGGAGACAACAACGCCUGCAGCAACGGUCCGGUGUCGUCGUAUCACUGGAAUAGGUUCAAAGAGACGAGUUUCAUCAGCAUGAAGGAACCCAACACCAAACAGACGGAUGCAGAUGGCCAGGUACAUUCGUCUAAGAGAAGAAAGUCGUUCUCCGAACUCGAAGACAAUAACAGGCCCAACCCUUAUUCGUUGACGGGCCGCGUCCGAUACAACGUAGCCAGUGACGGGAAAAUAAGAUGCUGACAUCCGGACUCAAGGACUUCGGUUAUCGAGUCCUUGGAAAUGUUAUAAUAUCCUUGUACACUGCGUGUACAGUGUUAAUACUCUGUUUUGAUGUGCGACUGUUGUAAAUAUUUUUUUUUUUCAUUUUUCACUCACGUCAUCUAUCAAUAGCAGUGUAUCCCAACUUCUUUUAUUCGCGGAACCUUUGCAGGAGCUUGAACAUUUUGUGUAACCCCCAUAUAAUUUUUGGAGCUAUUCUAUGUUAGAAUCAUAGUUCAAAUCAAAAAUAUUAUUAAUUAAUUUAUAUUUUCCCAAAUUUUACACGGGACCCUUAGGUUCUGUGGAACACUAGUUGGGAAACACUGAUCUGUAGUAUAAAUGUUUUGUAUUAACAGUUUACUAUAAAUUAUAACAGACGUCUACCCCUGAGUAUAAUAUAAAUAAUUAUAACGAAAAAUUAACUGAUUAAUAAAUAUCCAAUAAGCCAUGUGUAUAAAAUAUAUCACGAUUUAGAAUAUCUGUAGCCGUAAAAAAAACCACAUACACGCGUCUAUGAUAAUAUUGGCCAUUUUUUGGGAUAUACGGUGUUAGCGUUAAAUUGUAUCAAUUAUACAGCAUACUUAAACAUUGUUCGACAAUUUAAAAACGACAUAUUAUGAAGUGUAUAUUUUAAAAACAAUUUAUUUAAUAUUGUUAAUUUCAUUUAAAUAUAUAGUAUAAAUAAUUUGUUAUAUUUUAAACCAUAAAGUUCAUUGAAA